AUGGCAGGCACGCGAUCAUCAGCAAACAAUACGCCAGAAAAGGCAGGCACGAAGCGAAAGGCGACCGCCAGCAGCCCCGAAGGCAAGAGCAAAGGUCGACCCGCAAAAGGACAGAAGACGCUCGAGGAAACAGUCGCUCCUUCCAACGAUGAGGAUCUUAUCGACGCCGAUGUGGAGGAUGAGGACAUGAAGGAAGUCGAGGCCAAUACGACUGCCACAAAAGAGGACGAAGCGCCCCUCAAGGAAUGCGCGAAGGACAAUACCCUGGACCAAGUCAAGGCUGAUGAGAACGAGGAAGGCACGACUAGCAAGCCUGAAGAGAGCAAGAACGAUACCAAUGGCAAUGCGGAAGGCACUGCUGUGGAGGAGGACAAGGAGCGGGAGAAGGCACAGCCGUCAAAUAUCAUGGAGAAGGGUAUAAUCUACUUCUUCACACGGGGUAGGGUUGGAGUUGAGGAUCCUAAUAGCGUGUCCGAUCUUCAGCGCAGCUUCUUCGUGCUGAGGCCACUACCGCCCGGUGGCAAGCUCGGCGAGGGUGCAAUUCAAGAUGUUGGCAAUAACCGUCUAAUUGCCUUGCCAAAGAAAGUGUGGCCGAAAAGCGGUGCAGACAAGUUCAUGGCAUUCGUGGAGAAGGCGAAGGCGAGUAUGGACGACCUCAAGGAGACGUUCUUCCAAGGCUCCACCUACAGCACCAAGACCACCGGCACCAGACACACGCCCGAGGUCACUUCCUUGGGCGAGGGAGUUUAUGCUCUCGUUUCGAGUGGUGAAGGCCGUACCACUACUCAUCUUGCCUAUCAACUCACGAUCCCGCAAGAGCUUGGAGACGUGCAGAAGGACGUUGGCAUUGCCGAGAAAGGCAGCUUCGUGAUCUCCAUGAAGAAUCCUGAGGGUGGUGCUCCAUCAUAUGCGUUGCCCGCGACGGCGGAGUAUCCGAAAGAGAUCUUGGAAGAGUUCGGGAGUCUUGCGUGGCUGCCUGCACGGCCGGCGCAUUUGGAUUACGAUAACGCUGCAUUCCUGCUUAUUGGCGAGAGCUUUGACGACGGCAAGGACAAAGCGCUUGAGCCAAAAGCCGAGGACCAGCAGAAAGACGACAAGAACGUACCAAAAGAGGAGCUCGAGCAGCUUGAGAAAGAGGAUGAGCACCGAAUCGAUGCCCUGAAAGGUGAUGACACAAUCUUCGAAGAUCUUGGAAUCUCAUCCAAGGACUAUCCGAAAGUUCCCUCCACAUGGUAG